AUGUCCAGUCCACCACUCACCGCGCAGAAGUACGAGCCGUGCACAGCGGCACUUCCAGCCAUGUCUCAGGAAGAAGCCAAGCAAUUACUGACGACUCUUCAAGGCAAAUGGUCGCUAUCGCCACAACCGAAGACACUUCUCUCUUCCAAGGCGACACAUCCAGACGCUUUGCAUCGCACGUACAAGUUUAAAGAUUUCACCUCAGCACAAAAGUUUGCGAAUCAGCUCGGAGCACUAGCUGAGACGGAAGGUCAUCAUCCUGCGAUCAUGGUCGAGUGGGGCAGGGUAACUGUAUGGUGGUGGAGUCAUGCUAUUAACGGGCUUCACAAGAACGACUUUGUCAUGGCGGCCAAGACCGAAGAGCUUGUUCACCAAGCAGAAGGAUACACACCACCGAAGCCGAAAGCUUAG